GCUCAAUUGCACUUGCACAGUGAGAGUGUGUGUGUGUACCGGUUGCUGCAUCGUAGCAUCUGCGCCUCCCUCCUUCCCUACCUCUUUCCCCUUCAGCAUCCUGCAGCAGCAGCAGCAGGUGUUGCUGCUCAUCUCGCUUUUCACAGCCUACCUCCGUAGCCAUGUCGACCGCUGUGUCCAGCUUUGUGGGGGUUGCGUCCAACGCUGUGGCCGCCACAGGUGCGGCUACCUCUUCCAUGUUCUCCACCAAGGUGCCGUGCAGACCCCUCAGCAUGGUGGUAUCGGGGCGCAACUCUGCAAGGUUGGUUGUGAGAGCGGAGGAAGCCGCCGCAGCCCCCCCUGCGAAGAAGGAGGCCCAGCCUGUCAUUGGACCUAAGAGGGGCAGCAUUGUGAAGGUUCUCAGGCGAGAGUCAUACUGGUUCAACGACACAGGCAAGGUUGUCGCCGUUGAUCAGGCACCAGGAGUAAGAUAUCCCGUAGUUGUGAGAUUUGAUAAAGUUAACUAUGCUGGUGUGUCCACCAACAACUACUCCCCUGAUGAGCUUGAGCAGUCUGCCUAAACUCUCUGUAACUUUCUCAUGUCUUUGCCUUAAGAUAUACUCGCUGAGAAUGUAUUUAUAAAUGUUACUAUCUUAUUUUUCGCGAUAGAUACUGUGAAUCA